CUGAGCCAUCAUGGCGGCGCCCGUGUAACUAGGCCUCCGCGAAGGGGACGGUGGUCGUGGCGCGGGUGCCGCGGGGGUCGGCAGUCAUCAUGCUGAGGGCCGCGUGGAGGGCACUGAGCUCAUUUGGAUUCCGGGCAGCGACUCAGGCCCCGGUCUUUGGUCUGCCGGGCAGAGGGAGUGCCAGGCUUCCUUCAGAUAAGUGGGGCCUGCAGCCUCAAAGUCUGCUGCAGGCUGCUCGUGGAUGCGCCACCCAGAAGCCAGUCCAGCCCAGCCAGGACAAUGACCUACCUCCUUCCACACUCCUCAAAGACGACCAGGACGUCCCUGGCAUCGAGAAGGUUGACGAUGUUGUGAAAAGACUCUUAUCUGUGGAAAUGGCCAGCCGGAAAGAAAUGCUAAAAAUCAAGCAGGAACAGUUGAUGAACAAGGUCAUGGCAAACCCUGAGGACACCAGAUCGCUGGAUACUCGAAUUGUUGCCUUGAGCGUCAAGAUCCACAGUUAGGAAGAACAUAUGCGGAAACAUGGAAAGGACAAAGCCCACAAACGCUAUCUCCUGAUGAGCAUUGAUCAGAGGAAUAAGAUGCUCAAAAAUCUCCGGAAGACCAACUACAGUGUAUUUAAGAAGAUAUGCAAAGAGCUGGGGAUCGAGUAUACCGUACCCCCUCUGUACUGCCGAAAAGGCCACCGCCGCUUCUUGGCCAAGAAGGCUCUGUGCAUCCGGGUUUUCCAUGAGGUGCAAAAGCUGAAGAAGCAAAAAAGGGCCCUAAAAGCUGCAGCAGCAGCAAAAGCAACCCAGAAACAAAAUGGCCACCAGAACUCAGAGACCCUCUCCAAAGCCUACGCAGAAGCACUCGAAGAAAACUAA